UCUGCGCGCAGUCUUGGUGAUAGUCGGGUUGCAGUCGGACCGAAUAGGGACUACUGAGAUAAACACAUGAAUUCUGUAGGACGGACCUGACAUAAUGGGGAAAUAUAAUGUAUCAUUUAAACAGAUUUUCUGUGUCCUCUCCAUCGUCUGUGGUUCGGAUAUCUGCUCGGGAUAUGUUCAUGACCGUCCUAAAAGGGCUGUAGAGGAGGCUGCUUCAUCAAGGACAGACACUCCCUCAGACUCCCCGUGGAUCAGCACGUCAGGAUCCUGCAAGAACAGAUGCUUUGAAUUGGAUGAGGCUGAACCUCCCAACUGCCGCUGUGACAACUUAUGUAAAACUUAUAACAGCUGCUGCCAAGAUUUUGAUGAGCACUGCUUGAGAACAGAGGGUGGUUUUGAGUGCAGUAAGGAGCGCUGUGGUGAGACCAGGAAUGACCAGCAUGCCUGUCACUGUUCUGUGGACUGUCUGGCCAAAGGAGACUGCUGCACCAACUACAAAACACUCUGUAAAGGGGACACUACUUGGUUGCAGGAUGACUGUGAAGACAUUAGAACCCAUGAAUGUCCUGCUGGGUUUGUCCGCCCCCCUCUCAUCAUGGUGUCAGUGGAUGGUUUCAGAGCCUCCUACAUGAAGAGGGGAAGCACAGUGAUCCCCAACAUCGAGAAACUCAGAGCCUGUGGUACCCAUGCUCCUUACAUGAGACCGAUGUACCCCACUAAAACGUUCCCCAAUCUGUAUACUCUUGCAACGGGUCUGUACCCUGAGUCCCAUGGCAUAGUUGGCAACUCCAUGCAUGACCCCGUGUUUGAUGCCAACUUUAACCUGCGGGGUCGAGAGAAGCUGAAUCAUCGUUGGUGGGGAGGUCAGCCGAUCUGGAUUACAGCAGUGAAGCAGGGGGUGAAGGCUGCCACUUUCUUCUGGCCUGUUUCCAUCCCAUUGGAGAGGAGAGUCCUGACCAUGCUGCAAUGGCUUCACCUGCCAGACGGAGAGAGGCCAUAUGUGUAUGCCAUGCACUCUGAACAGCCGGAUACGUUUGGCCACAAGCUGGGGCCCAUGAGCACUGAGCUGAACAACCCUCUGAAGGAGAUUGAUAAGAUCAUGGGUCAGCUGAUGGACGGCCUGAAACAGAUGAAACUCCACCGAUGUGUCAACAUCAUCAUGGUGGGAGAUCACGGUAUGGAGGAGGCUCACUGUGACAGGACAGAGUUCCUUAGCUCAUACAUGCCGUCCACUGUUGAUGACAUCAUCCUGAUCCCCGGCUCCCUGGGCAGGAUCCGCUCCAGGUACCCCAACAACCCCAAAUAUGAUGCAAAAUCGGUUGUUGCAAAUCUUACGUGUAAAAAAACGGACCAGCACUUCAAGCCCUAUCUGAAGCAGCAUCUCCCCAAGCGCCUUCACUACACCAACAACAGGAGAAUAGAGGAUAUCCAUCUGUUAGUGGAGAGAAAGUGGCACAUCGCAAGGAAGUCUCCAGAAGGAGGAAAGAGGCACCCUGGGAAAUGUGGUUUUGCAGGAGAUCACGGUUAUGACAACAAGAUAAACAGCAUGCAGACCAUUUUCUUGGGAUAUGGACCUAUGUUUAAAUUCAAGACCAAAGUGCCAGUUUUUGAAAACAUUGAACUUUACAAUGUCAUGUGUGAUCUGCUUGGCCUGAAGCCUGCCCCUAACAACGGGACUCAUGGCAGUCUGAACCACCUGUUGAAGAGCCCGGUCCACAAACCCACAAUGCCAGAGGAGGUGUCUAAACCCACCCUCUCAGGUCCCAUCAUUACUCUGACCGAUGACUUAGGCUGCAGCUGUGAUGACAAGAACAAAGUGGAAGAGCUUAAUCAGAGACUGAGGCAAGCUGUUGAUGACAGCAAGAACCUCCCUCAUGGUCGACCUGCACUUCUGUUCCGUGCUAAAUACAGCAUUCUACACCACAGUGACUAUAUCAGUGGGUACAGUGAAUCACUCGCUAUGCCCCUAUGGACGUCCUAUACCGUCUCCAAACAGGUAGAAGUAACACCUCUACCAGAGCAUCUGACUAACUGUGUCAGACCUGACAUCCGUAUCCCUCCGGCCUUCAGCCAAUCCUGCUCCAGCUACAAGGCUGACAAACAGAUCUCCUACGCCUUCCUCUACCCUCCACAGCUGGCUCCGACCCAAGACGGCAAACUUGAUGCAGUCCUCAUCACUAACACCGUACCCAUGUACCCAGCAUUCAAAAGAAUAUGGAGCUACUUCCAGAAGACUCUUGUGAAGAAGUAUGCCAUGGAGAGAAAUGGGGUCAACUUGAUCUGUGGUCCCAUAUUUGACUACGACUACGAUGGCCUGAGAGACUCGGCAGAGAAAAUUAAACAGUACGUAAGUGGUUCAGGAUCUAUCCCAACCCACUACUACUGUGUGAUAACCAGUUGUCUGGACUUCACUCAGGCUGAGGACGUUUGUACUGGACCUCUUAGCAGCUCUGCCUUCAUCUUACCACACCGCUCAGACAACGACGAGAGCUGCAAUAGCUCUGAGGAGGAGUCUAAGUGGGUGGAGGAUCUGAUGAAGCUGCACACGGCCCGGGUCCGAGACGUAGAGAUCCUCACGGGCCUGGACUUCUACCGCCGGACCAGCCGGAGUUACCCUGAAAUCCUCUCACUGAAGACUCACAUGCACACGUACGAGAGCGAGAUCUAAACCACUGUCUGUCUGUCUACCCUGCCCUGUCUUCACCACAGCUCUGAUGGUCUGGUGUAUAUUUUGAACAUGUCGUGUUUGUUUUCACAUGUAUUAUUCUGUUUAUUAAUGGCUGUUCUGUUCCUCUGUAUUGUAACACAUUUCCUGACCAUUUUUGUUUUUUGUGAUUAACAAGCAUGAAUUGAAUUGCCUUAUUUUUGUUACUUGUAUUGAUAAUGUGAUGCUGUGUGUGUUGUUGUAUGUGUUGGUGAAUUGAGAGUGUGAUGUUUCUGAUGAAUGUCUUGCUGGUGAUGGCUGAGAGUAUUGAGUGUGUUAAUAAUAAGCUCUGUCUGUACUGUACUGUGCACAAUAAUAAUACUGAACCUGUAGUGUUGAUAUCCUUUUAAACAUGUACCGGACACUUGUGUGAUCAACUUAUUUAUGCCUAAUGUAGAGUCCUGACAUGUCAAUACAAUAAACCUUUUGUACUA